UAGUCUUGCCAACACUGGAAACAAUCUAAAAGAUGCAAAUAUUUUAUAUAUGAAAAGGACAUGCGCGUAUAUGUCACAACAAAAAUAACAACACGAAGAUGAGUAAAAUGUCACAAUUGUAGAAUACUUGUCAAACAAGAGCCAGAAGAAAUACAUAAAAUACAUUCAUAUGUGUGUAUUUAUGUAUAUGCAUGCAUAUGCAGAAAAGAUACAUUCGAAGAAACAUUAAUUCUUUACCAGGAUCAAUCAAUACUCGUACAUAGUAUAAAGUAAUAGGUUUUUUUUGUGAUUUGUAUUGUUGUUUUAUAUCUUGCAAAAAAGUGCAACAAACUUAAAGGUGAAUAGAAUUAACUACUACAAGAUUUAUUACAAAUGGAUCGUGAAGGAUACGGACCUGAAUUUGAUGAUCGUUUGAUAAAAUUGGUUAAAGAAAAUGCUGCCAUUUACGAUGUCAGCCAUCCUCAUUAUCGUCGAACUCCAGUCCGUAUGGCAAUAUGGGAUAAUAUUGCUAAGGAAUUGGGAGCACCAUCUCGAUUUUUACAAACAAAGUGGAAAAAUAUACGAUACAAUUAUCUACAGGAGCAAAAGUGCCUCGAAACAGGCACCGUUAACACAAACAUAAGGAAAAGAAGGUUCACAGAAGAUUUGUCGUUUCUAAAGUAUACAGCUUAUCGUAGAGAUGGUAUAACGCCAACAAAAACGAAUUGCAACGGAUCUGAUGACAGCAACAGUUAUAUGUAUCCCGACAAUUUAGCAUCAGCCAGUAACACAUAUGAGGUUAUCGAACUGGACCAAAGUGAAGACGAAGCCGAUGACUUUAUGCCGGAUGUUUCGGCAUUUUUAGCUCCAAUGAAUGAUAUAACGCGAAACAGUCCACAGGAUCCGUAUGGUCAACCGGAUAAUCCAGAAGAGGCUAGUGGUAUAACAACAAAGAUUGAACCCAAACCAGAACUAGAAGUAACAAUACAACAAUACCAAAACAAAUCAACGAAAAAUUUAAAACGUUCCGUUUCACCGACGAAUUCUCACUCUUCUUCACGAUCAUCACCACUGCUAACACCAAUUUUAACAGCUCCAGCGAUAAUCAAAAAUGGAAGCGACAAAAAAAGUAUAAGUAAUGGUAACAGUGAAUUCUACAACGAGGUUACGAUACAGCCAUUACCACCAGCUUCACCAUUGAAACGACAAUUAACUUUGUCGCCCCACGAUCAAAUAUCUAUAAACAGUGGAAAGCGUAAAACAACUCCAACACUGGUACCAAUAAAUAACGAUGCAAUUGAAUUAUAUUGCCUCUCAUUGGUUGAUUGUUUUCGGGCUAUGCCACGUUCGGAAAGAGAGAGGGUUAAAUUCGAAUUUGCUAAAAUCCUUAAAGACGCUGAAUAUAAAGACCAAAUGUAAAAUUCGACUUGACUCCGAGUAUGAAAUCUUUAGUGCAACAAUUUUUAUACUAUAGCGGUAUUCACAAUGUAGAGUACUGGGCCUGGCCUGGUAAUGUAGUAAAACAGAGAGCACAUUAGCACAUACCAAAAACAAACUUCUUUACACUUUUGUUUUACAAAAUACAUGAGUUACUUUUUGUUUGAUAUUUUAUGAUACUUUUUUUUAAAAAAUUGUUAAAGUAAUAAAAUGUUUUAAUGAAAGAAACAGCCAGGACAAAUUAUUUAUAAAUGCAGUAAAUAGCAUGAAUACCAUUUUAUUGUUUGCAAAACAAACAGGUGCGUUCUCAAGUUUUUUACUAGAGCUCCACAUCAUGAAUACCGCUUAUGUAUUUUUAAACCAUUCACGUGUAUCAAUAAUAAACCAGCUCUUUAAAAAUAAAUUUGUCUUUAGCAUAAGAUACCAAAGAACAGCAUUAUACCUAUAUAAUAUGAAUUUAUUUAUAAGAGCAUGUCAUUAAAUUUUAAUUACAUUCUUUAGCAUUACAAAUAACAAUCGGCGGUGUUCUAUAAACCGAGUGCUCUACAAAUCGCACGAUUGGAAUACAUACAUAUAUAUGUACAUUAGGAGUUUAACUUAUUUAUUUUCAAUAACCUAGACUAGAUGCCAUAAUCGGUCACAAAUUUCUACUUAAAAUACACAUGGAAUAAACAAAUACAUUUACAAUUUUUGAAAGUAUAUACUCUUAUGUAUUGAAACCGUAUAGUAGAGCAUAAACAAAUUUGCGGUCGUUUUUGCGGUCGGGAACACAUUGAAGUUCGGUAUAAGCAAUAAUUUUAAAUUUUCUGAUAUAAAAUGGUUAAAGAAAGAAAGAGUCGAAGUUUACCCGUUUUACAUUUUUUUACACUAAAUAUACAUUCCAUGUUUCAAAAAGUUUAAUAGUAUACUACAUCAAUGUCAACUGCGUAACGAUAAAGACGAAUUUUGGUUAAACCCCCCAUGGGGAACACAUUUAAGUUCGGUAUAAGCAAUAAUUUUAAAUUUACUGAUAUAAAAUGGUUAAAGAAAGAAAGAGUCAAAGUUUACCCGUUUUGCAUUUUUUUUACACUAAAUAUACAUUCCAUGUUUCAAAAUGUUUAAUAGUAUACUACAUCAAUGUCAACUGCGUAACGAUAAAGACGAAUUUUGGUUAUAUACAUCAUAGCUGUAACUUGUGAAUAAAAUAAAAAAUAGAAAUAUUUUUUAUAUUUUAGUUUUUGUUUCCAAUUAUAAAUAUUUAUUUUCCAAAUUAUUUAUUAGUUAAAUAAAGUAUUUGUCUAAUUUAUUAAUAAUAUUUACAGUUAAAUUUAUGCAUAUUUGUAUCUUUUAAACCAAAUAAAUUAUGAAUAAAAUCAUUUUAUAUUUUGACUAAAUUAUAUUGAGAUUUUUAAGAAAAUAAUAAAAUUUAAUAUUUCAUUUAGAUACAAACAACUAAUU